AAUUCCCCAUGAUAUGCCCGUUAACCAAAGACACACCCGAGAAAGAUUGUACCCGAGUGGGGAAGUGCUCGGUCCGUCGUCGAUAAGCAAAUGUUCCGAAGAGGCUCUGGACCUUGCGAAGUCAAAUCAGUGGGUCAUCUCAAACAUAGAAAGCGACGAGGUUUUCUCCUACUCGGGCAACGCCUGCAGAGGGGGCUUGGGUGUCUCCGAAGAUUGCUUGACCCUCAAUGUCGUCCGUCCGAGCGGCUUCGUCCCGGGCAACGAGCUACCGGUGGUGAUUUGGAUUUAUGGAGGCGGCCUCCGAGCUGGAGGUAGCUCCCUAGCCUCGUAUAACCAAUCGUGGAUUGUCCACCAAUCUAUCCGACGGAAAACUCCAAUCAUUGCAGUGAGCAUCAACUAUAGCCUGGCUGCGUUCGGAUGGCUCUGGAGAAAAGAAAUGGAAGCCACUAGAGCAUCGAACUUGGGACUGAAGGAUCAGAGGUUGGCGAUGAAAUGGGUACAGGAGAAUAUUGCUGCGUUUGUAGGUGACCCUAAGAAAGUCACCAUUCAAGAUGAAAGCGCUGGGGCCGUUAGAGUUGGAUACCAUCUUUUCGUCUACAUUGGCCGCGACGAUGGUCUCUUUCGCGGUGCAAUUGCCGAAAGUGGCACACCCGCCAGUUACAAGUAUUGUGAAGACGCAGCACCUUGGCAGCCCUUCUUUGACAAUUUCACCCAGGCUACAAACUGUUCUUCCGCAGCGAGCAGACUUUAUUGUCUCAAGACGAUCCCGGUGUUGACACUCAGCGCUGGCUUCAUUGAAUAUGCUCCAAACGAGAACCCCUACCCUCCCUUCAUUGAUGGCGACAUGAUCACACAAUCAUCGACCACCAGCCUAAAGGAGGAAAGGCCUUUGAAGGUUCCACUCAUUUGCGGAACCAGUUUUGACGAGGGUACUGCGUUUGGUGCUAGAAACAGUGCGGGCAUGUCCAGUGUUCAAUGGCCCGACUAUGAGUUGGACAAUCCACAAAACCUGGUUUCGAGGCGAAUGCCACUGAUUUAG